CAUACUUUUCCCAAAUAAUGCAAUUCUAAAGAACAUUUUACUAAAUUAAUGUGGUUUUUAUUAUUAUAAAUUUUAAAAUAAGAAUUAUAGAUGCAGUGCCUCUUUCCUAAAUUUUCUUAGUGUGUCUAAUAAAAAUACAUUUCGUCUUUUCGAUGUUAAUGAAGAAAGAGAAGGUGAAGCAAAUAUCAAAAAUCUUCUUGACAUUUAGACAACAAGCCGAUAUUUUACAACACCAAAUUGCAGUGAAGAAUUUUUUAGUGUUUUUAAAAUAAAAAUAAAAACAUUUUCGUUAUUAAGUGGAUCUGGAAAUAUCAAGUCCAAUGAGUGAUUUGUACUUUGACAACCUAAGUGACGUGGAAUUACGUCAGGAGUUGCAAAAAUAUGGAUUUCCUAUUAUGCCAGUUACAGAGACUACGCGGAAUUUGCUAAUUAAAAAACUUAAAAGCUACGUAUUGAAUGGUUCUUCAAAGACCAAGUCAACUGCAACCAACAGACGUAGUUUGCAAACGCCAACAAAUAGUUCCAAGAGACAAAAUGCUUCGCCAGGCAGGCGAUCAAAUGCAUCUCCCUCUAGACGUCAGACAAUUGCUGCAACAGCUUCCGCAGCAACAUAUACAAACAAUAAUAACAACAAGAAUAUUCAAGAAACCCCAACAGCCAGCAUCUCUAACAAUAGCAAUAGAGAAUACUAUCUUUCCAAUGAAGGUAGAUCUUAUUUGAAUAGGGACUAUGACAAUCGCACAUUGUCGCCACAUCUACCAGUCAGUGAUACUGGUUACUCCUCUUCUGUUUCAAACUCGAAAUACGGCAGUAAUCUUAGCCCUAAAAGUUCACCAAAAAUAUAUGUUCCACCUCCAAUUAUGUCCAAUGAUAUGCAGCACUUCAAUUCUUCACGGGUAGAUAUUACAACACGUACUUCCCGCGAAACAGAGAGAUCACCUCUGAGAAAUGGCAAAGAAACGCCCGGUGUUGUAAGCCGUUUACUUAAACUGCGAAAUAUAACCAUAGGAAGAUCCCACACAAACACAGCGUUUAAUCCGUCUCCAACAAAUCAUUUUUACAUAUCUGAUUCCGAUUCGGACAAUGGCAGUCCCACCCGUUACUCUUCGUCAUUCAAUAGAAGACCAAACAGAUCGUUCAGUGAUAAUCUAUGGUCUCGUCUCAAUAUUAAAAACAAAUUUAAGCAAUCAUCAGUGCCAUAUCUACUAAUAAGCUGUUUGGGACUAUUCUUUCUCGUUUUGGCCGUAUUGUACAUGACCAAACCACCCGAUAUGCCCAGUACUAUGCUAGAGAAGAGCACGACAUUUACGUUAUGCGAAGAAUUGUCGUCUAUGGCUAAACCUUCGAUCAACUGUAUUGAUAACGAGCUGUUGGGUGCCUCACUUGCCCUGAACAAAGAACUAAUACUACUUUUGCAGACAAAUAUUGAAGCACACUACUGCAGAGAUCACUCUGUUAGUCCCGAAGUGACGGGCACUGAAUUUAUGAAACACCUUUAUAAAAAACGCACUACAGAUGCCCAUAAAUUGCUAAAGAGUUUUCAUGCUGCCAUCUACCUGAUCGAACACAAUCCGCAAUGGAAAAUUCAAAUACUCAAUAGACGUAUAGAAGGACCGCAACAGCUCCCCGAUAUUUACAAACAAGAUAUACAAUUUGGUCUACUUAAACCAUACUUGCCCUUAAAGUGUAUAUUGUUCAAUAAAAUGCAACGAUUUUUCCUAAUAAUAGGUAGCGUGUUCUUGGCGGCGCUGUUGGUUGGCGCGGCGUUUGUUUUGUGGCGCUUUUGGAAUCAACGCAGAGAGUUGCGUUUGAAAACAGUGGACAAUUUCACCAAAGAAAUUGUUAAAGAACUAAUACAUCGUGCAUCUCUUAAAGACGACACGCAAGGGGAAAUAAUCAUUAAUCACUUGAGAGACAAGUUAAUACCACUCAACAAGCGCAAAUCGCUGCUAUGGGCUUGGAAUGAGGCUUUACAAAAGUUGGAAGCCAGCGACAGUCGCAUACAAUUUGGAUGUAUUCUACAAAAUGGUGAAGAAUUUCGAACUAUGAAGUGGGUCGAAUCGAUAUUAUCCAAUUCAUCGUCUUCUUCCGCUUCAUCUUCGUCCUCGACAUCAACAUUGCAUCUGGAUAAUUCAGAUCAACGUUUGAAGAAGAAACAUUGGCAGAGUCCAGCCUUCGACAACGUCAAUAAGAUAUCUGAUCCACCAACACCCUGCUUGAAAAUACGUCAUAUGUUCGAUGCGGCUGAGGCCAAUUUGCCCGAUCUAAAGCAAAACAUAAUCGAGUCCAUUUUGGAAAAAGUCGGACCACAAUGUAGAAUCUUUGACAUUCAGUUAGAUCGCCAAAGCUGUUGUGUUUAUAUACGUUGUGCCAGCGAAAAGGACGCUGGUAUUGUUCACAACGAAAUCAACGGUUGGUGGUUCGAUAAUCGUUUGGUAUCCAUUAAAUUUUUACGCUUACAACGUUACUUAGUCCGUUUUCCCAACUCGACCAGUAUCGUUCCAAUCACCAUUAAAAACUCGAAAUAGUUGAAAUAUUCUGAGAAGUUUUACAUAAGGAAUAUUGCCUUGGAAACACAUACAUAUAAUUACAUACAUAUACAUAUAUUAUUUCUUACCUUUUAUAACUUAGUGAAAUUAAUACAAAUUUCAUGUCUUAAUUUGUAAAAAAAAAACUGAUUAAGUAAAAAUACAUACACACAAAUGUCUAAUUGUAAAUCGUUACCGAUCAUUUUUUUUUAAUAAAAUGAAAACCUCUUAAACUUGUUUUAAAAAAAUUUA